CAUUCCUUUGUUCCCAUUGGCUGUUCUAUAGAAAGUGUAAAUGUUUAGCUGAAUCUAAUUGGCCAAGAUCCAUUUAUUCGUCUAGGUGUUCAAUUGCACCUGGGCAAUUCAUGUCACAGCACUUCUUCAAUUCGUUCACUUACACGGAAGCUUGGAUAAGUUCCCUAUCAAAAGUCCAGACCUACAAAAAGCCACUUUGCAUUUACAAACGACAAACGACGUGGUUUUCACCCGCUAUGACUUCAGAACAACAUCCUUGAACUAGUUUCCAAUCUAUGGUUUUAUAUACUCAUUAGUCCAAAGCUCUGUCGCUUACGAGAGCUUGCGACGGAGCUAUCCUCUCGUCCUUUCGAUUUCGUGUACAGUCACCCGGCAUAUUGCCAUAUAGACGAUACCGAGACACAAUGAUACGGCUUUUUAAGCUGCCAUGUGGCCUUGCUGCCACUCUUUUGGCAGCUAUAUGCUUGAACCCGGAUCAUGUCGUAGCAGGGCCGUCCGUCAAUGUUGCUAUGAGGGCUGCAUUUCCUACACCCCCAUAUCUUGUGGAGCUUUUAGAAACUGCUGCUGGAGAGAAUGCGACAUCUUACUUUCCGCUCCUCGACCGGAUCGCCGACGGCGCCUUCAUAAACUCAAAGACGGACAAGGAACUCUACGAGAAGUUCCUCCAAGUUCUGAAGGAGGAUGGCCAUAUGCAGACCCCUGAGUCCUUGUCCACAUUCAGACUUGCUCUCUCCAUGCGGUCAGCAGCUCCAAGAAUAGAGGCGCAUUAUCAAUACUAUGAUACAGCCGUAGCAUCCUCCCUGGGGGCAGCUAGAGCUGACUGCGCCGAGUGGAUACUCCUAAGUGGAAAGCAGUAUUGUUCAGCUUCACUUACGCAUGCUGAGGGACAGGUUACAGGAGAUUCGCAAUUACGGUCACUCCCGUUUGACCGUUCUUUGGGUACUGGCUCUGAGGCGAUAUUGUAUGCAGAUAUCACUAAGCCUGAGUUCGGCUCUUUCCACAAAUCCCUGGUGGAUAUGGCCCGAAGAGGAGAGGUCACGUAUCGGCUUCGAUAUCGCGUUGAUCAGACCGAAGAACGAGAGCCGCUGCCGGUCAGCGGGUACGGAAUAGAGCUUCAGCUAAAGCGGACAGACUAUAUCGUUAUUGACGAUCGUGACGCCGAAGCUGAGACAAAUUCAGCAGCUAAACCUGCUCCUACUGAGGUUGUGCUCGACGGGGAAGAGGAGGUCACUGACUUAAAGCCACUAUCGAGUUCCGAACUAGCAUCAUUGGGGCUUAAGGCUGGUUCUUUUAUCAUGCAGAGUGAUGAUCCUUUUGAAACUUUGAUCAAAUUAACUCAAGAUUUCCCCAAGUUCUCUGGCUCAAUCGCGGCACACAAUGCUUCAGACGCAUUCGUGAAAGAGCAUCGCCACAACCGAGCCCUAGGAGUCCCAGCCGGAAUGAAUGUCUUUUGGAUGAACGGUGUUCAAUUGAUUGAACGGCAAAUUGACCCCUUUACUCUCGUCGACAGUAUUCGAAGGGAAAGAAAACUUAUCGAGGGUGUUACGGAUCUAGGUCUGACUGGUAAAGAGGCUGUCUCUUUACUUGGAAACCGAGAAGUGACUAUUGCUAAAUCCGAUGAUGAGCCUCGCAGAUUCGAUUGGCGAGAUGAGAUUGAAGAAGGUCGUGUUAUCAUCUGGCUAAACAACAUCGAGAAAGACAAGCGAUAUGCCGAUUACCCUAAAAGUCUUAUGAGCCUCAUGCAAAGGACGUACCCGGGACAGAUCCCUCAGAUCCGCAAAGACAUAUUCAACUUAGUUGCACCAGUUGACUUCAGCAAACCAGAAGAUUUGUCCUUGGUUGUCGAACAGCUCCAAGCAUUCAUCAAGAGACUUCUACCUGUCCGUUUCGGCCUGGUCCCGUUAACACCGACCAAGGAGGCUGAAGAACGAGCAAAAGUGGUCUACUAUCUCCUUGAGAAUUAUGGACUAGCUAGCCUGAUGUCCUAUUUAGAGGCAUGUAGCAAAGGUGGUCAAUCUGAGCAAGCAAGUUUUGACAAGGCUAUCAAAAAUCGAUCUCCAAAGGCCGAGGCAACUCCCCUUCCAUUCAAGGAAAUCCUUGAAUCACAAGAUUAUGUUAAACAUAUUGAACUUGCCAGGCACUGGGUAGAACGACUCAAUGCAGACACGGAAGUGACUCCACUAUUUCUCAAUGGGUUAGCUAUACCACGGCAGGACAAGUGGCUUCAGAUGAUGAGUAUGAGAAUGAGCAAUGAUCUACAGCUAGUCCAACAGGCAAUUUUCAUGGGCUCGAUUAACGACGAAACAUGGAUUCCGGGACUCUUGUUGGAGGAUGCACCAACUCGACGCAACCCCUACAUCUUCCCCGAGGGCGAUAAUACUCUCACUGUCUUAAAUGUCAACAAGCUUUACUCGGAUCAUAAAGAUUUGUUCGAUAAGGUUCCCACUAUUGAAGCGAGUGAAGACACGACCAAGGAGACAUGGGCUACUCUUACCGUCGUCGCCGAUCUAACCUCUCAAGAAGGCCUCCAUCUCUUGUUGUCAGCUUUAUCAUUCCGACGUAACAACCCGGGCGUGCGUCUUGAUAUUAUUAAUAACCCUGUGUCAUCUAGCAAUGCGCACGAAACCAACGUGUUGCUCAAGAAGGAUGUCGCUAAGCUAUUGGAAGUCGAAAAUCUAGAAACCUUAGAAUUACUGCUAUCAGGACCGAUUGAUGUGCGGGAUGACGGAUAUAAUACUGCUCUAUCACGAUUUUUAACGGCUGCCUCCAUAACCCCAGGUUCCCAGCUGCUUAUCCUCAACGGCCGUGUAGUCGGCCCAUUUGCUGCGAAGUCGGCAUUCAAAGAGAGUGACUUUGAGCUGCUACUUGAAUUUGAACAAGGAGCACGAAUACUCCCGGUAUACAGAGCAGUAGAUGCUCUAGGUUUAACAGACAAGAUCUCGGGUCCGCUAGCUGCCGCGAAGCUUACGUCGGUCACGGCUCUAUCUACUAUUUCAGAUCUACCCGAGGGAAUUUUUGAGUCUGCCCCAACUCUAAGGACCACUAUGUAUGAUCAAUGGAACUCAACUCAUACGAUGAUUGAGGUCGGCGACGCCUCUACAGCGAAUAUCCACUUCGUUGCUAUGCUCAAUCCCGCCAGCGAGGUAGGACAGAAGUGGGCUCCUAUACUCAAGGUUCUGUCUCAGCUAGAUGGUGUUUACAUGCGAGUCUUCUUAAAUCCGAUGGAGAAACUUGAAGAACUACCUGUCAAGAGAUUCUACCGAUAUAUACUAGACUCAGCGCCAUCUUUUGACGAUUCGGGAAGAGUCAGGCCUCUGGGUGCUACCUUCAAAGGACUUCCUUCUGAAGCUCUACUCAACCUAGGCAUGGAUGUACCUCCUGCUUGGCUUGUAGCGGCAAAAUACUCUGUUCACGAUUUGGAUAAUCUGAAACUGAGCUCCAUUAAAACGGAUGUGGAUGCUACCUACGAACUCGAGCAUAUUCUUAUUGAAGGUCACUCCCGAGAAACCACGAAUAGUCCACCUCGUGGUGUACAACUAUUACUUGGUACCGAGCGUAAUCCCCAUUUCGAUGACACAAUAAUCAUGUCCAACCUUGGAUACUUCCAAUUUAAGGCCAAUCCUGGUUAUUACAAUAUCCAUCUUAAAGAAGGGAGAAGCUCCGAGAUUUUUGAUAUCAUCAGCGUGGGUGCAAAGGGGUAUAACGCUGUUCCAGGCGACGAGGGUACCGAGGUUGCUCUCAUAGACUUCCAAGGUACGACAUUAUACCCGCGACUUCAGAGGAAGCCUGGGAUGGAACUCGAAGAUGUGCUUGAAGAAGGUGCGGACACUGGCGGAGAUAUCCUCUCCCGCGGCCUUAAGUUUGCCGAAGGAAUUCUCGGCGGGUCAAAGCCCAAGUCGAAGUCUGUCUCAGAUGAAGUGCAUGCCGAGAUCAACAUCUUCUCCGUGGCAAGCGGUCACCUUUACGAGCGCAUGCUGAAUAUCAUGAUGGUAUCUGUCAUGAAGAACACGAAUCACACAGUCAAAAUUUGGUUCAUUGAGCAAUUCUUGUCCCCGUCCUUCAAGGACUUUAUCCCUCACCUUGCUAGAGAGUACGGCUUCAAGUACGAGAUGGUCACGUAUAAAUGGCCGCAUUGGCUUCGCCAGCAAAAAGAGAAGCAACGUGAAAUUUGGGGCUACAAGAUUCUAUUCCUCGAUGUCCUCUUCCCUCUAUCGCUCGACAAGGUCAUAUUCGUCGAUGCGGACCAGAUUGUGAGAACAGAUAUGAUGGAUCUGGUCAAUCUUGAUCUAGAGGGUGCGCCUUACGGCUUCACGCCGAUGUGCGAUUCUCGGACGGAAAUGGAGGGAUUCCGCUUCUGGAAGCAAGGUUACUGGAAGAAUUACCUCCGUGGUAACCCAUACCAUAUUUCGGCUCUCUACGUAGUUGAUCUUCGCCGUUUUAGGCAACUCGCAGCCGGCGACAGGCUCCGACAGCAUUAUCACCAAUUGUCAGCCGACCCGGCUUCUCUCUCUAACCUCGAUCAAGAUUUGCCCAAUCAUAUGCAGUUCGUUAUUCCGAUCCAUAGCUUACCCCAAGAGUGGUUAUGGUGCGAGACCUGGUGCAGCGACGAGAGUCAGAAAGAGGCACGAACCAUCGAUCUAUGCAAUAACCCCCAAACCAAGGAGCCAAAAUUGGAUCGUGCUAGAAGACAAGUGCCGGAGUGGACGGUAUACGAUGACGAGAUCGCGGCCGUAGAUCGACGGCGGAGAGGGUUGGUCACAGAUAGUGACACUCAGAAGGUACUUACGGCCGGUGGCGAAGAGAAGAAUACCAAGAGUAGAACGCUUGAAGAAGAGUCCGAACCAAGGACGAAGGACGAACUAUAGAAGCUUGGGCAUCUUAGUACCUAUAUAGAGUGAAUAAAAUCAUUUUGAUCAA